UGGAGUUUUUAUAUAAGUUUAUUACUUUUUAUAUUGUGACGUUUGAUAUCUGUCUCCGAUUAAAUGGUGUAGCGAGCAGCCGUAUUUCUAUUACUAAGAUAUUUUUCAGUGGCGACGAGAUUAUAAAGAACUACAAAACACGUAAGGAAAAAGCAGUAGGUACAUAGUCAAGAUGUCGAUUGGUAAGAUUGCAGAGUUUAAGCUCGGGAGCGAUAAUUGGCGUUUGUACAUUGAAAGAUUGGAACAGUACUUUGUAAGUAAUAAAAUCACAAAUGAGUUGUAUGUACCAACGCUAAUAACAGUUAUGGGUGCAAGUACCUAUGAAUUGUUGGUCAGUUUGUGCACUCCUGACAAACCAGUUUCAAAAACAUUCGCAGAGCUGUCAGACAUAUUAGGAAAUCAUUUGGAUCCAAAGCCAUGCGUAUUAGCCGAAAGAUUCAAGUUUAGACAGCGGGUGCAAACAAAAGAAGAAAAAAUAUCACAAUAUGUAGCAGAUUUGAAGAAAUUAUCAAAAACGUGUGAGUUUGGGACAUGGUUGGAAGAAAGCCUUCGUGACCAAUUGGUUUGUGGCUUGUCGAAUGAAACUAUACGACAACGGUUGUUCACAGAGUUGCAUUUGAAUUUUUCUAAGGCAUAUCAGCUAGCGUGCAGCAUGGAAGCAGCUGAAAAAGAUGCCGCGCUAGUGGAGACAAAAGUCUACGAUGUUCAGCGGAGUUGGCAAUAGCAGUAGUGUCACGGCAGAUUGCCAGACCAUGGCAGGAGCAUGGCGGGGCAAGAAUGACAGUCAA